ACGCACUAUAAUGUCAGAAACUGCGAAUAUAUGUUGCAUGGAGAUAGAACAGCUGUAGAUGUGUUGAAAGCAGUGGGUGAUCAAGUUUCUUUUCGUCCAGACAAAUUCAUUCCUCCUGUCAGCAUCAUCUGGAAACACAUAAACACUGCUGGAAUGGUUGUCAAGGCGAUUGAAUGGGAUGAAGGAGAAAGUCUAAUCCCGAAUCCCAGAUUCAAAGACAUCACAACUGUUGAUGAGAAGACUGGAGAAAUCAAUAUCACUAAUCUAAAAGUCGAACAUAGUGGAGUUUAUACCAUUGACAUCAACAGUAAAGAGCAGGAACAGAGAUUCAUAUUGACUGUUAUGGAGCCUGUCCCCAAAGACCCUGUCAUAGAAGUGGAGGAGAUAAAAGAUAAUCCUGAUGUUGUGUAUUUGGCAUGCAAGUACAGUGAAACGAUCAUCUGGAAUAAUUCUGCUGGAGAAACACUGAAGAUCUCGAAGCUCCAUCCGACAGGAGAGUCCAUCACAGUCGAAAAAAAUGAAGGAAAUCCAGAUAACGUCUACACUUGUACACUCAAGAACAGAGUGAGUGAGGAGACCAGUGAUCCAGUCUAUAAGAGAGAUCUGUUUAAUGAAGCUGUUUCAGACAGGGGAUUUGUCAUUUGGAUUGUCAUUGUUUUGAUCUGCAUGGCUUUUAUCCUCCUUUUCCUGUUUAUACCAUCUUUAUAUGGUUAUUGUGCUGAAGACGUCCAGAAAAUGACAGUGAUUGACUGAUGCUCAUCAUGAACCUUGUGACUCUUCAAAGCCACACGUGGAUCUUCGACACAUUUGUCUGAUCAUCGGCUCUAAAUCUCAGCUUUACUGAAUCAUCUGGAGCUCUGAACCGUCUGUGCCUUCAUACAUUUCUGAAUCUAACAUAUGCAAAUACUUUGUUUUCUAAGUGACAAGAUGAGAAUCUCUAUAUAGUCUAUAUUUUUAAUUUCACUUGCUCUUUCAGUUUCGGUUGCCAUGAAUUCAUUCAAACGGUCAAUGCGAUAUUUUGUCAUAUGAAAGUUUUAUGAAUAUCUCUAUCCUGACCCUUUUAAAGAAUUAAUUCUGUAAUAACUGAUACAUGAACCUUCUGUAAAAAUGAAAGAGAAAACAUUUGCAUUUAUCAAUUUUCUUGUAAUAAUUUGAGUUUCUAUUGUAUUUCUAUAGCUAAUAUUACUUGUAGUCUUUGCAUUAAGGAUGGUAUUUAUUUACAUUUUAUUUGAAAACCAAGUCACUAGAAUCUACUGUUAUCUUAUUAUUGUGGCAAAAUUGUAUUUUCACAAAGGUUUCCUUAAAAAAAUACCUUUCUAGUUCUUAUGCAAAGUAGAACAUUUAAUCAAAUCACUAAGAAUAAUUCAUAAUAAAAUAGGAGAUAUGAUGAAAUCUUUCAUGUACUGUAAAUGUUAGGUUUUUUUUUCCCUGCUUAUGUCUGAUAUUGUUACAUAGUACUAAAAUAAGUGUAUAUAUUUGAUAUAUCUAUGCUUAAAACAGAUCAGGUAAAAAUACUGUGUGCACUGUCAUUUUUCUUGCA